UCCUGAGGGGAGACUGAGCGAGGGACGCGCAUGCGCAGUGUUGCACAGAAUGAGGCGCAGCGGAAGUGAUCAUCCUGUUACCGGAAGCGCCUCGGGAGCCGCUCAGAGAGACAUCCAGAGGCUCCGGUUGGGUUAGAAAUGGCAGAAGAGGUGAUAAAAGACCCGGGCACAGUGACAUUUAAUGACGUGGCAGUUUAUUUCUCCUUCCACCAAUGGGAACUGCUGGAAGACUGGCAGAAACUGCUGUACAAGAAUGUCAUGAAGGAGAUUCAUGGGGCGCUCACUGCUCUUGGUUAUGAAAUUGCCAACCCUGGGGUUCUGGUGAAGGUGCAGCAGUCGGAUGAGCCGAGUUACAGCAGAAAUAAUAAAGAGGAGAUUAAAUAUAAAGGGCCCUCACAGAUCAGACCAGACAUUCUGCUGCGGGUGAAAAUGGAAGAGGCAUUUAGUGACCGAAGCUGCCAGACUUGUGUUCCAAAAGAGGAGGAGGAGCUAGAGCUGAGAGAAGAGGAGGAGGAGGAGGAAGAAGAGUUUAGCACAGACUCCAGUGCUGCAGUGUUUAACCCCGAGCUGUCUCUUUGGAUCAAGCAGGAAGAUGAACCUGGAGAUCAGAGCUCAUCCAUGGACGAUGUUAUUGAUGUAACACCAAGCAGAGCACCAAUCACCGCGGGCACCCCUGGAGGGACACACAACGGCAGCAGAUCAAGCAACAAAACCAUGACGGUUCACAAGCGGAAUGGGCUGAAGCUGCGAGACAAGAUCUUGGUGCUUUGUGGCUAUGCAAACAGCGAGUCUGUAGGGACUCUGGCAACGCAGUUUGGAGUCAGCAAGUCGCAGAUUAUGCAGAUCAUCAAGCGCCGGGAGGAGCUCAUUGCCGCUCUGCAGAACAACGUGAGUGGGGACCGUAUCAGGAGACAGAGGAGAACCACCAAUGACAAGCUGAACUCCACCGUGUGGGAGUGGCUACUCUCUACUAGGGACAGCAAUGUCACCCUUUCAGGUCGGAUCAUCCGAGAGAAAGCACUGGAGAUUGCCAGUCAGUUGGGCAUCCGGGACUUCAAGGCUUCCAAUGGUUGGCUGGACAGCUUUAAGAAAGCUCACAAUAUCCAACGCUGCUCUGCCCCUUUCGCUAUGGCGAGUUUUGGCAAUGAUAGGCUUGAUGAUUGGCUGUGCCAAAUGAGCGCAGUGGAUGAGCACUAAGAUUUGGCUGGACGCUGUUCUGCCCUUGUAUGGGGGGCAACAUGUUCCCUGGUAUUGUCCUCAGUAUUGGCAAAUGAUAUCUGCUAUUUAUUUUUCUAUUUUUAUGUAAUUGAGCUACUUUUUGUAUCCACAUGACCUCAAAUCUGUUUGCCCCUGGAUGUGCCUUAAUGGCAGAAAUGUGUCUUGUUGUCUCCACUCUCCAUGCGGUGUGGUCUUGGACUCCCUAAAAUCAUCUCCAGACCCACAUUUGUGGGCGCUGCCAGGAAGUGUUUACCAGAAGUUACCCCACUGGCUUUUCUAUUCAAAGUUAUUGCCCUUAUGCUUGUAAGCAAGUUGGACUUGAUCCAUGUCUGACACACCAGAGGUGCUUGAACUGUGUCCCUCCUUUCUCAGGCAAUGCUUGGCCUGCAGACCUGUCAACCCCUGUAGCUCUUGUGCCUAGAAAAACCUUGUGCCCAUUGGAAAUGGCCGUUCUGGUUGCAUCACAUCUCUUGGUUGUUUUGCUUCUGCCAUAAUCCUGCCUCACUGUUCUUGUGUCCUGUCCUGGAGGUGCCAAAUGUUCUGAUCAGAUUGGGAGAUUUCUUUCCACGUCAGUCACCUAGUAAGUACAACACGAGGGUCAGAGCAAUUCUCUGGGGAUGGAGCUAAUCACUCUGGGCACUGACUGGGAGCUGCAUCACUGCAAGGGUGGGAGAGGGGAAAUCUAAAUGGAAAGCUGUGAGGUGGGGGGAUCAGGAGGGUAAAGGGACUGAUCAUAUUGAAUGGGGUAGGAGGAUAUGUAACAUGUAGAGGUAUUGUGGCAUGGAGCCAGUUCUGGCAUGGGAAUAAGAGGUGGUGUUGGGGUUAGUCUAACUGUGGAGUCCUCCUGACUUAGGGACUUCUUGGAUGCCUACGUGACUUGGGGAAUGCUGGGACAUCUGCCUGACUUGAGAAAUAACUGAAAAUCCUAUCAUACUUACUGUGAUUUCCUGGACUGAAACAUAGCAGUGGGCACAAAAGUCUUAAUCCCCCUGUUGAGGGCAAAGUACAGUAAAUGAUCUACUAAAAAAAGCUUCUGGUCCAGCAUGUGCCCAAAUCAGUCGACUGGAGACCAUACCCUCCCUCAAAAGGGAAGGGAAACCUUUGCCCACUGCCAUAUUGCAGUUCAGAGAAUGAAAGUCAAAGUAAGUAUGAUAGGAUUUUGGGUUUUUAUGUUACAGCCACAUGGCAGUGGGCACAAAAGAGAUUUAUCAAGCUAAAUAAAGAAGGGAAGAAUUUGAAUGCAAUUAUUUAUUUAAUGUAGCAGAAGAAAGAAUGCAAUGGCCAAAACCAGCCAACCCAAAUGUGUAGUGCUUAAAAAAGUAGACAUAGACAUAAAAUGUCUUUCACUAUGUCAAAAUAAAUUCUCAAGACAUCUUA